AUGGGCCGCAUCCAGAGCACCACAGGCAGGGCGGGGCCCCCUGCGUCUGUCCCUGUGGACGCCGCAGACGCUGGCGUCACCAUUGCGGUGCUGGACACGGGCAUCGCGCCGCACCCAGACCUCAACGUAAUUGGCGGCAGGAGCUUUGUUAACAACAGCAACAACCCCGACGACUGGACGGACCGCUACGCCCACGGCACGCUGGUCGCGGGCAUCAUCGGCGCGCGCAACAACGGCAUGGGCGUUUGGGGCGUCCUGCCGGGCGUGCCGCUGUUCUCGGCGAAGGUGCUGUCGGAUCAGGGGGCCGGCACCACGCUCAGCAUCUCGAACGCAGUGCGGUGGUUGGUCCAGAACGGCGCGGGCAUGAAGGUCUCUGUCAUUAACCUUUCAUUGGGCGGUAUCGGGCGCGACCCUUUCCUCUGCGACGCAAUUCAGGCGGCGGUGGACAGCGGCAUGGUUGUGGUGGCCGCGGCCGGCAACUCCGGCGUCAACAUGAGCUCGUCACUCCCGGCCAACUGUGCGGCGGUGAUUGCGGUGACGGCACUGGACCUGGUUCAAGGGUCGCCGACCGGUGGAGGCAAGCCUGCGUCAUACAGCAACUGGUGA